UUAAAAUCCCGCUUCCUUGAGCCUCCGUUUUGAAACCCUCACCCCAACCCGCUCUCUCCCUUUCCCGCCUCUCUCACUCCUAUCUCCCUCCUUAAAAUCCCUAAUCCUCAUUUCUCCAUUGCAAUCUCUCUCUCACCCUCUCUCUCUCUUUCUAUCUGGCUCUCUCUCUCUGUGUCUUUGAUUUCUCUGUAACUUCGGUUCUCUCUUCUCGCUAUCUUGGCCAUGAACCGCAGAAGCAGACCUAGCAUCUCGCAGUCCUUUCACAAGUAUCUCAAACCCGGUGCCCUUGCUCGCAUACGCGAUUCUCGCAUCAGCGCCAGAUCUCACCGCCUCAACACCAUCCUCCGCCACCAGAUCUCCCUUCAUCGUCCUCCCUCGCCUUCGCCGCUUCCUGCCGCCGAUCAGACACAGGCGGCUGUCGCUGACUUCCCUUUUUUCGUUGCCAGGAUCUACGGCCCGCGCUAUCCUCAGCGGAAGAAACUCAUGGCCGCCAAGUCCGUCCUCUUUCUCCCUGUCUCUCCCACUGCAGAUUCGCCCGAUCUCGUAAUUGAUGCCUUAGCCGCCGAUCUUCUCGUCGCGAAUUGAGUUAAAUUUUAUGCGAUUCUCAUAUUGUAGGAUGUAGAGUGGUUUUGAUGUGCAGAUGUAGCACUGUUGUUUAAUUAUGUGCAAAAACAAAAAACCCUUACUCAGAUAGCCUGAAAUUAAUAAAGCGAAAUCAAUUUUCCUA